UUUUUGCGACAUCUCUAGUCCGUAAUGAUUUGACAUUUCUACAAAUCUUUUGGAAAUUGCAUUUGUUUUUCUUUACAAGUUCGGAAUAAUACUUGAACUUACUAGUUACUGCUUAAAAAUAUAGAUACUGUGACACCGUCACAGAAUGGUGUACAUAGAUCGAGAUGGACGUGUUUUGGAGCGGCGGCCAUGGAGUGUUGCCCGCGUUUUAGAGAUUUUCAUAAGCCUUUGGUUUGUAGUAGUCGCCUUCUUUAAAACACUAAUGGCACCCUUCAUGAACAAUGAUAAUCAAAACGGUAGUAGCAAUAAUCGUCGGGGUGGGUGGGGCUCUGGCGGCGGUGGUGGUCCAGGUGGCGGAGGUGGACGCGGCGGUGGCAGUGGCGGAGGUGGCUUCAAUCAAGGACUGCGCCCGAAUCGUCGAAUUGGACGUGUAGUGAAUACGUCAAUGGAUUGUAAUAUACCUGGUGGCGGAUGAUCACGGUAGCGUGUCCAAGCAUUUUGUUAUGCUGCAGAAAGUAUUUUAGAUGAAAAAACACUUUCUGUGCGCUUGGACACCGCAGACACAUUCAUCAACAAUAGUUGCACUGACAACCCCUAUUAUUAAUACCAUAACAUCUACAGUGCAUAUGCUAAAACGAGUUUGGCAUUCAUUGCCUUUAUGACGAACAACUUUGUAACCCAGAAUUGGGAGAAGUUGUUCUGAAUUUUAUAAAUCGUUUGACGCAUACAUAUAAAAUUAAGGCGUAUUCAUAUACGCCUUGUAUCAAAUUAAAAUAAAUUUUAAGAGCUGUUCAAACUCGUGA